AUGUUGAGGCCGGUUUUGUUAUUAUUUAUCUUCUUUGUCACAUGUCACGCUCAAGGAAGAUUUGAAGUUGACUAUGACAACAACGUAUUUUUGAAGGAUGGCGAGCCAUUUCAUUAUGUCGCUGGAUCUUUUCACUAUUUUCGAGCACAUCCAGAUACUUGGCAAGACAAGUUGAGAAAAAUGAGAGCAGGAGGAUUGAAUGCUGUUGAUAUUUAUGUCCAAUGGUCACUUCAUAAUCCAAAAGAUGGAAUUUACAACUGGACAGGAAUUGCGGAUGUUGAAAGAUUUAUACAAUUGGCUACCGAGGAGGAUCUUUACAUUAUUCUUCGUCCUGGACCUUAUAUUUGUGCGGAAAUUGAUAACGGAGGACUUCCAUAUUGGCUAGCAACCAAAUAUCCCAAUAUACAAGUUCGAUCAAAAGACCAAAACUAUCUUAAUGAAGUAGAAACUUGGUAUACGCAAUUGAUGCCAAAAUUUACAAAGUAUUUGUAUGGAAAUGGAGGCAAAAUCAUUAUGGUGCAGGUUGAGAAUGAAUAUGGAGCAUACAAAAUUUGUGAUGAGGAGUAUAAAAUCUUCUUGCGAAAUCUUACUUCGACAUUUACUGAGGAUAAAGCACUUUUAUUCACAACAGAUAGACCAAUUGAUAAUGAACUGCGUUGUGGAUAUAUUGAGAAUGUUUUUGCAACUGUUGAUUUUGGAAUAGCUAGUGAAGCUGAGGUUGCAUAUAAUUUCAAUAGAUUAAGGGAAGUUCAGCCAAAAGGACCAUUAGUAAAUUCAGAAUUCUAUACAGGAUGGUUAACACAUUGGCAAGAACCGAAUGCUCGUCGUGGAGCUGCUGAAUUAGCAGAAACUUUGAAAAUUAUGUUAAGUGAGCCAUACAAAGCUAAUGUCAACUUCUACAUGUUUUUCGGUGGAACAAACUAUGCAUUUUGGGCUGGUGCAAAUGACUGGGGAAUAGGAAAGUAUAUGGCAGAUAUUACUAGUUAUGACUAUGAUGCACCCUUAAGUGAACCGGGAGAUCUUACAGCUAAAUACUAUAUUCUUAGAUCAGUGAUUGGAGAGUACUUACAAUUGCCUCCGUUACCUCUACCGGAUCCAUCUAAAAAGAGAAAAUACGAAUCGAUCAAUGUUACUGCUGUAGAUAAUUUAUUUUCGAGCACAGGAAGAGCAAAUUUGGGAUCAAAACCAAUAGAGGGAAGUGAUAAACUUUGGACAUUUGAGGAACUGGAUCAAUUUUCAGGAUUUGUGCUGUAUGAAACAAAAUUGCCGACUGUAUUUACAAGAGAUCCAGCUAAUUUGGUUGUUGAGAAGUUGAGAGAUCGAGCAUUAGUGUACAUUGAAAAUCGAUAUGUUGGUGCAUUGUCAAGAGAGAAUGCAAUCAAGUCUCUUCCAAUAAGUAAAGGAAAUGCUGGUAAAAAGGUUCAGAUUUUCGUAGAGAAUCAAGGACGAAUUAAUUUCCAAGAUAAUUUUGAUCUUAAAGGGAUUCUCAAAAAUGUUACAAUCCAAACAUUUUUCGAGCCAUAUUAUGAAGAGCUUUCUGAUUGGACUAUUACCGGCUAUCCUUUCGAAAAAUAUAGUCAGAUUGAAGAUUUGAUUAACUCUCAUGGCAAUUAUGUUUAUUCUAGAUCGAAAAAUGGUUUUCUUUACGAAGGUCCAGUCAUAUUUAAAGGAACACUAAACAUUUCAGGCGAUGAAGAAUUAGCAGAUACAUGGUGGAGUUACAAAAACUGGGGCAAGGGAAGUCUGUUUGUGAAUGGCAAUAAUUUAGGUCGAUAUUGGUCUAUUGGACCACAAAUGACAUUAUAUAUCGCAAAAGAAUUCCUUAAACGAGGCGAAAACUCGUUCGUUAUCCUAGAACUUCAACGAGCUCCUUCUGACUUAAAGGUUGACUUUUCUAAUGAGGCCGACUAUAAUGAAGAUUAA